AUGGGAGCCUCCUCUGUCUGGGCCUGUGGGCUCUUGACGCUGCCGUUGCUGCUGCUUGUGGCUGGGGACCAGGGCACCCCGGGCCCACCGGCCACUGCCAGCCCAGAGAAGGGGUUCCACAUGAGGAAGGUGGGCCCUGGGGCGCUGCGGGCCGCGCUGGCGGAGCUGGCCGCCUUGCCCUGCCUCUUCACGCUGCAGCCGCGGCCAGGGGCCGCCCGGGACGGCCCCCGCAUCAAGUGGACGAAGGUGCGGACCGCGUCGGGCCAGCGGCAGGACACACCCAUCUUGGUGGCCAAGGACAACGUGGUGCGGGUGGCCAAAGGCUGGCAGGGCCGAGUGUCACUGCCCGCCUACCCCGAGCACCGGGCCAACGCCACGCUGCUGUUGGGACCGCUGAGGGCCAGCGACUCCGGGCUCUACCGCUGCCAGGUGGUGCGGGGCAUCGACGACGAGCAAGACCUGGUGCUGCUGGAGGUGACCGGUGUGGUAUUCCACUACCGGGCCGCGCGAGACCGCUACGCGCUGACCUUCGCGGAGGCCCAGGAGGCCUGCCGCCUCAGCUCGGCCUCCAUCGCCGCCCCGCGGCACCUGCAGGCCGCCUUCGAGGACGGCUUUGACAACUGCGACGCGGGCUGGCUCUCGGACGGCACCGUCCGAUACCCCAUCACCCAAUCGCGUCCAGGCUGCUAUGGGGACCGCAGCAGCCUUCCAGGGGUCCGCAGCUACGGGAAGCGCGACCCGCAGGAACUCUACGACGUGUAUUGCUUCGCCAGGGUGCUGGGGGGUGAGGUUUUCUACGUGGGCCCCGCCCGCCGCCUGACCCUGGCGGGCGCCCGGGCGCAAUGCCGCCGCCAGGGCGCCGUGCUGGCCUCGGUGGGACAGCUGCACCUGGCCUGGCACGAGGGCCUGGACCAGUGCGACCCGGGCUGGCUGGCCGACGGCAGCGUGCGCUACCCGAUCCAGACGCCGCGCCGGCGCUGCGGGGGCCCAGCCCCAGGAGUGCGCACCGUCUACCGUUUCGCCAACCGCACAGGCUUUCCCCUGCCCUCGGCCCGCUUCGACGCCUACUGCUUCCGAGCUCAUCACCCCACGCCACAACAUGGGGACCUGGAGACCCCCUCAUCUGGAGACGAGGGGGAGAUGCUGUCGGCAGAGGGGCCCCCAGCUCGAGAGCUGGAGCCCAGCUUAGGGGAAGAGAAAGUGGUGGCUCCCAGCCUUCAGCAGUCUUUGGAGUCCAGUGGAGAAGAGGAGCCCCUGGUCCUAACAGAGGAGCCGAACACUCAAAUGCCCUCCAGCUCUGCCCCUGGGGACUCCAAACGGGCUUUGUGGCCCGCCAGGGUGCUGUGGCCCAGCACAGUGGCCCCCAGCCUCAGUAGUGGGGGCACCACAGGGGCGGUGCCCACAGAGGAGGCCCCAGAAAGCUCCACACCCAGGCAGAGAGGGCGCUUCAAAGGGCUGAACGGGCGCCACUUCCAGCAGCAGGAGCCUGGCCAGGGCCUACAAACCACCGUCCAGCCACCUACCCCCAAGCAUGUGGGGAACCACGUGGAGCCUCCCACCUCCACGGAGCCCACAGAGGCCAUGGGUGGAGUCCACAGCCCUAGUCAUUGGGAUGUUCUGACCAAUGAGGUGGAGGUGCCUGCAGCAGGUGUCGUGGGUGGCAAGAGGCCUUGGCUGUGGCCCUUGACCUCGACCCCAUCCAGCCUUCCAGCCUCCAGCAAUAGUCCUGAGCCGAAGCUAGAUGGAGCUGAGAUCCCCAUGGGGGAGCCAGCCACCGCCAGCUUGCUCAGGUGGCCCUCAGAGUCCACUGCCUGGGCAUCCAGCCCUUCAGAGAGCCACAGCACAGCUCCAGGGAAGGCAUUUGGCACGGCCAGCGCCCCAGACCUCCCCGUAGCAGCCAUGCUGCGGGCCCCAAAAGCAUGGCCACAGUUUCCCUCUCCAACUGUGCCCACCAAGGCCACCGAAGUCACCAGGCUCCAGGACCAGGGCUUGGUUGUGACGGCUGCCCCCUCUGCCCUAGCCAUCGGGACCCCCCUGGAGCCUCUGGACCCAGCAGGGCAGGGAGGAGGUGCCCUAGCCACCACAGGCAGCCAAGGAGAAAAGCAGGGGGUCCCUCCCCAGGCAGCCACCGAGACCCCUGUGCCAGACUAUGGAGAAGUUGGGGCGAUUGGCUCCACUCAGCCUGGCGAAGCUGAGCACACUAGCUCUGGCCCGUGGCCGCUCAUGGCUAGGAAUGUGACAGAUUUCUCCUCCACUGAACCCAUGAGCCCUCAAGACACCUCAGAUGUGGAGGCCAGGGUCACCCACACAGCAGAGCACCCCACUACUGGCCCAAAGGGCAGUGGGGAGCGCAUACUGGGAGCCCACCUUGGCACCAGCGCCCUGCCUUCAUCCUCAGGGGGUCCUGGGGUCACCGCUAGUCUGGAACCUUGGGGUUCUUCAGAUGGCCACACUAUUGGGGGUCCCACAGGGUCUCCAGUCACUCUGAGCCCCCAUGGAUCUGGGGGGACACAGGAGCCUAGGUCUCGCAUGCUGGAGGUGCCCAGAAGCCCCUGGGGUGCUGUGGAUAUGAGCGAUGAGAUACCCCCCACAUCGCUGGGCUUGGGGGCUGAGGCUGGCAUCCCAGACCCUUUGAAGCCAGUGUCCACCAGAGUCCAGCCCCAUCCCUGGGGAGAGGCCCCAGGGGUGACCUGGGGGGAUCUGGGACCUUUGGCCCCUCCGUCUCAGAGUGGCCCACCGCCUCCCCCCGGGACAGUGGCCUCCAUGGGUGACACUGCCUCCGUGUCCUCGGGGGAGUCUGCGGCACCAUGGGAUGCAUCCAGCACCCUGCCGCCUGUGUCCCCCGGCGUGAUGGAGGCAGAGAUGGACGUGGCAGCUGAGGAUCCAGGCCUGGAGGGGUUCUGGGAGGAGGCAGCGAGUGGGGAGAAGCCCACCCCACCUGGGUCCCCUGCACAGGAGAGCACAGAGGAGGCCCCCAUGGACCCCUGCGAGAACAACCCAUGCUUGCAUGGGGGGAGCUGCAGUGCCAACAGCUCCACUUACGGCUGCAGCUGUGCCCAGGGUUUCACCGGCGAGAACUGUGAGAUUGACAUGGAUGACUGCGCCUGCAGCCCCUGCCAGAAUGGGGGCACCUGCAUCGACGAGGUGGCCGGCUUCGUCUGCCUCUGCCUGCCUAGCUAUGGGGGCAGCCUCUGCGAGAAAGACACAGAAGGCUGCGACCGAGGCUGGCACAAGUUCCAGGGCCACUGCUAUCGAUAUUUUGCCCAUCGCCGGGCCUGGGAGGAUGCAGAAAGGGACUGCCGCCGUCGGGCGGGCCACCUGACCAGCGUCCACUCGGCCGAAGAACACGGCUUCAUUAACAGCUUUGGGCAGGAAAACACGUGGAUCGGCCUCAAUGACAGGAUCGUGGAGCGGGACUUCCAGUGGACAGACAACACCGGGCUGCAUUAUGAGAACUGGCGUGAGAACCAGCCUGACAAUUUCUUUGCCGGUGGGGAGGACUGCGUGGUGAUGGUGGCCCACGAGAGUGGCCGCUGGAACGAUGUUCCCUGCAAUUACAACCUGCCCUACAUCUGCAAGAAGGGCACAGUGCUGUGCGGCCCCCCACCCGUCGUGGAGAAUGCCUCUCCGGUUGGCACGCACAAGGCCAAGUACAAUGUCCACGCCACUGUCCGCUACCAGUGCCACGAAGGGUUUUCCCAGCAGCGCUCGGACACCAUCCACUGCCGGGGCACGGGCGCCUGGGACCUGCCCCGCAUCAUCUGCUCCAGGCCCCGAAGAUCACACCGGAUUCGCCGGCACCGGCACCACCACCUGCACCGGCACCCUCACCGCCAUCAUAAAUCACACAAGGAGCGGAGAAAACACAAGCUCCACCCGGCCGAGGACUGGGACAAGGACGGAGGGAAUUUCUGCUGA